GUCCAUACUCACACCCAAAAUGCCGAAAGAAAAGAAUUACAACCCAGUCAACGCUCAGCGUAAAGCUGACAAAGCGAAAGCAAUCAAGAAGGGCAAGGCCGAGGUCCAAGGCCGUCGCAAUGAGAAGCUCGCACGGCGCAACCCCGAAAGACUCCAGAAACAAAUAGACGACCUCAAGGGAAUCACGACAAACGGAGGCAAACUAUCGCGCCACGAAGAGCAGGUCCUCGAAGGCCUCGAGAAGGAGCUACGAGCAGUAAACAAGGCGCGCGAAGCGCUCGGCGACAAAGCGCCCACCUUUAGCCGCGGCGGCGGAGGAGGAUACAACCGCGAUGGCGAUUCUUCCGGCGGAGUCCUCGGAAAGAGGAGGCGAGACAACGACGAGUUGACGAGCGAUGAGGACGUUCCCGACGACGUAAAGCGGAUCCCAAUGCCCCGCGACACACCGCCACCGAUUCCAAAAGAACUGAUGGAUAAGUGGUACGCAAAGAGACGCGCCAGAAGGCAGGCAGAGCAGGCGGAGAGGGAACCGCCAGAAGAGAGGGAGAAGAAGGAGAAGGAGGCCAAGGCCCCCGCGCCAGAGCCCAAGACCGUAUACGAGGCGAAGCCGAUGGUUCGGAAUUUGACAAAGGAAGCCGUCACCGCUUUCGUGCCGACUCACGUCAAGAUGAAGCUGGACAAGGGCAAGGGGCAAGGCGGUCUGAUGGAACCUGAAGAGGCGGAUCGACUGGAGCAGGAGGGCUACCUGCAGACGACUGCGUCGCUGGGGGAUUCAGAGAGCACGAGACCCCACCAGGUUAUGGUGGAGGAGGUGGAGGAUGAGGACGUCUGAGUGGGGCCAUAUGGUUCAAAGAGCCAACGACAACCAAGCCUUGGAUGUGGCCACGGAUCCGACAAGUCAGGACGUGUCGCUCUUGGCUACCGUACGAUACGCAAAGCAUUGAGUGCUACUGCGCGCCAGGUGUCUACUCGAGUGCACAACCCCAGGAAUGUACAGUUGUGAGGCGGACAGCGAGGAUAUCAUCUACUAGAAGAUCGCGAGAGCUUUAUUUUCCCCAGAUAAGGGGUAGAUGACGAGGACGUC